AUGUCUUCAUUGAGGAGAAUUAAUAAGGAAAUAAAGGAUUUAGGAAGAGACCCACCAGCUUCAUGCUCUGCUGGUCCAAGUGGUGAUGAUCUUUAUCUCUGGGAAGCUUCGAUCAUGGGCCCACCAGACUCUCCAUACGCCGGUGGGGUGUUCUUUUUAACCAUCCAAUUUCCAACUGACUAUCCUUUCAAACCACCAAAGAUCUCAUUCACUACUAAGAUCUACCACCCUAAUAUCAACUCCAACGGUAACAUUUGUUUAGACAUCUUGAAGGAAGAAUGGAGUCCCGCCUUGACUGUAUCCAAAUUGUUAUUAUCUAUCUGUUCAUUAUUGACCGAUCCAAACCCAGACGAUCCUUUGGUUCCAGAAAUCGCUAAUGUUUACAAGACUGACAGACAGAAGUACGAAACUACCGCCAAGGAAUGGACAAAGAAGUAUGCUAUUUGA